AUGUGUGAGGCAGGACGGGUUGCGCAGGAAGGGGGAGAGUGGACUGCUGAGGACAUGGGUAUAUGCGAGUUAGCGUAUAUAGCGUUACGUUUUAAACAUGGACUUGAAUUAGCAGGAGCCCCCCCACGGGCCGAUGACACGGACGAAGAGACCAAGCAGAUAGAUCUCUAUAUGAGAUGUAUUCUAGUAAAUAUAUUUAUGAAGAAAAUAAUGGGAAAAAACUGUUUAUCGGGACCUGGUGGUAAAUUUGCAUUCGGCCUAGUGCACAAUGAAAUAACUGACGUCCAGGGGCGAGCGCUGGGUAAUGUUGCAUGCGAGUGGAAGGAUGCAGACAGAGGGGGAGACGCACAGGGACCAAGUGCACAGGAAAGGACUCUGUGGAAUAUACUGGAAAGAUGGAUUGACCGAAAUAAGACAAAAACAGCGGACGGUGACUGGGGCGUGUUAGGGCAACAAUGUAAGGUGCACAAAGGAUCAAAAGGGAAAGUAGGGGAUGGCGACGCAGGGACGCAGUUCAAGGAAAAAGUGAAGGAAAAAAUAAAGAAUGUGGAGGGGGAUUUAAAAGAAAAAGUGCCAGAAAUAAUAAAAGGACUGAAGGAAUGCAGUGACCAGGAUAAGGAUUGUGUAAAGAACUUAUUAAAGAAAAAGCAGCAGGAAGAAAAGAAUCAAGAGGACUCCUCUUCGAAAAAUCCACCAGUUAACCUUCCGGGAGCAUCGGGGCUACCAGCACCUCCUCCACCACGUAGACCAUCAACACCAAGACAAGGUCCAAAGCACACAGCAUCACCUCACCCAGGGAGCAUGAGCCCCGGAACAGGACCAGGCAGGAGACCAAGACCACGGCCUCGGCCACCACCAACGGACUCAGCACCAGCGUCACAGCGACCGAUACCCGGCGACGGCAAACCACCCGGCAGCGGAGGAGCAGAACCUGCCACACCAGCAGCGGUGACACCGGUGGGGGCAACGACAUCGUCGGGAGGGGGGACGACGGCAUCAUCUGGUGGUGGUGGUGGUGGUGGUAACGCCCGUGCUCCUGGCGGAGGAGGGAAGGAUAACGCGAAGACCGAAACCAAAGAAGACGAUUGUGCAUGGAAGAGCAUAUUGAACGAGGACAGGAAGCAAGUGUACGUGCUGGGUAAAUAUGGCAAACAACACCUGGAAACCAUGAAGACGGUGUUGCAGCAGUUUAUUGAUUACAUGGACAACAAGGACGAGCUCGCGGAUGCGUAUGGUGUAAAUUGUUACAAUACAGGUUGGGACGAUAUAACAGACGCCGCCACAUUGUUCACGGGCCAAACAGUAGCAGACGUAAUACGCUGCAAACUCAUGACUAUUGCGUUAAAUUUCGCAAACGGUGAUAACACACAAGAGAAGAAGGCGAAAGGGGGAAGUACACUUAUGAGUGAAAUGGAAAAGCAGCUGAGAUGCGAGCUAGCGAAUGCCUUUGGGUACAUACUGGACCAGAAGUAUUGUGCCACUAGCAAAGGAUUUAAAAGGGGUGUAAAGUAUGCUUGGAGAACAAUGGAACACAUGGUCUCACGUAAAUAUGCACCGGCGCCACCAAUGACAGGUCCAGUGUUUGAGAAGAAAUGUACAGAAUGUGGGUAUAAUGUUCCAGUUGGGCAAUUCAGAAUAAGAAAUGGGGACAUUGCAGACCUGUUACUAACACAGGGGAAAAUAAUGGACAAAAUAGGGCACAUAGAGAACAAAGUGGACUGUAGUAUGAAGUGGGCGCAUUAUACACAAGGAAAGACGAAGAUGGAUAACCCGAAAGAGGUGGAUGAAGAGAAAAUCACUGAAAUAAAAGAACAGGAAAAGAAGGUAGUGGAGGCGGCAAAAAAGACCAUUGAGGACUUGAAGAAAAAGGUAGAAGAGGAAAUUGCACACAAGGCAAAGGCGGCAACGAACGGGAAGGACAAGAGCAAGAAGGCAGAAGACAGCAGUAACGGGGCGGUACCAACGAAGAAACCAGAAGCUCCACCAACUAAGGCACCAGAAGUACGGAAGGAGGUGUCCCCGGACGCGAAAGCACCCAAGGAGGAAAAGACGGCAGAUAGCAGGGCCAGGGCUGAUGGGGAGGCACAGGAAAGCGUACCCAAACCCCCGCCUGUGGCACCACCGGCUGCACCCGCAUCAGCCGCACCGGCCGCAGCAGGAUCAAGAGCAGGCAGGCAAGGACCAGGUCAAGGACCGGGACCUGGACAACAACCACCACCUCCAACACCACUGAACACAGACCCAUCGGGCAAGGGACCCACGCAGGAGACGACAGAAGAGUCGUCAAAGGACACUCAAGGUGAGGACGCGUGCCAGGACGAUAACUCGGAUACGACAGCAUCCGGCACAGAGACGCAUGAGAACUCGCGAGUGAUGGUUGUAAAGGCUACGUACAAAUACGAAGGCCACCAGCCUUCAUGCGCCACGCUCAAGGCGCUGGAAGACAACCAGGCCGCUGCCACUAGUCCUAACCCAAGUUCAGGGACAGGUAAUACUGAAUCCACGGAUACAGAGAGUAAGAAUGGGACAGAAGCCGGAUCAGCACAACCACCAGCAGGACCCGCACCGGCAGCAACACCCCCCUCUCCAGAACAGGGAACAUCAGGACCAUCAUCAACACCUGCUCCAGACCAACCUGCGGACCCCGGAGCAGGACCAUCAUCAGCGACACCAGCAGCGGCCGGUAACACGAGUGACACGAAGCAUAGCGGCGGUACGGAUGCCGUCGCGGACGGUGGCAACGAUGACCCCCCUCCUCUGAAUCCACCCAAACCACCGCCCAAACCCAAACCGAACCCGGACCCAGAUCAAUCGGGGUCCAGCGGCAAAGGCGGCGAACCGGAUUCAGUAGGUGGUAUUUCUGGUGGGGCAGGAAAGGGAGGUGGGGGUGGUGAACAGGCUGCUGGCAGCGCCGGUAGCGGACGUGCAGGAGGAGGAGCUAGUAGUGGUGGUGGUGGAGCAGGAGGUGCUGCAGUUGGUGGAAGUGGUGGUAGUCAGUUAACCUCUGGCUCCAGUAAUCAGCAUGAUCAGGACACAGGGAGUACUACCCAGGGGGGCACUAACCAGUUCGAACUUGACCUCGCUUCACCUGCACUCAACAUAGAAGGUGCCAUAGGAGGAUUCGUGCCACCGGUUCCAGCACAUGGCACACUCCCGUCACCGGACGGGACUCCACGUGACUAUGCUGUCCCCGACCUAACCGGCACGGUCCUUACCGCCACUACUCCCGUGCUGUUUUUUCUCACUUCGGUCAUGGUCGCCGUUCUGGGUUAUUCCCUUUGGAAGUACUUUGCGUACCUCGCCAAACGACGACGAACAUAUCGAACCGUUCGUGACGUGCCGUCACCGCCACUUGACGAAGACAUAUUGCAACAUCUACAACGAGGCGACCUGCCACCACCCGAUUACGGGUACACAUUGGUUAUGGAUAGGCAACCCGCGUCCACAUCCGGUAGAGUACGCCCCCCACGCGUGCAUAAGCGCACGAUCAUCGAGCUACAUCUAGAAGUGCUCCACGAAUGUGAAGCGUCCGAAUGGGAAAACGUCAAAGACGACUAUUUGCAGAUUGUAUUGCAGGAGUUUGCGCAGCAGUGUGCGCAGGAGUUGAUGCGGGACGACCACAGGAAUAACAAUGUCUUGGGUGUUUCUACCUCGCACGCCUCUGUAACAACCCACGAUUCGACAACCCGCGCUCCACCCACUGACAUCGACGGCACAAAUCCAUGUCCACCACAUGACCCCGAGCCAUGGAGUUGUAUGGAAACUACACAGUUAGCAACGGACCCUUGUCCACCGAAUGAAGACGACCGAUGGAGUUGUAUGGACACCAUACAGUUCGCCACGGACCCUUCUGCAUCCAGCCACGAUGACCUCGAUCCAUGGAGUUGUAUGCAAACUAUACAGUUCCCAACGGGCCCGUGUCCACCUAACGAAGAGCACCCCGAUCCACGGAGUUGUAUGGAAAACAUACAAUUAGCAACGGACCGUUCUCCACCUAACGACGAUAACCACGAUCCAUGGAGUUGUAUGGAAACUAUACAGUUAGCAACGGACCCUUGUCGACCUCAUGACCCCGAUCCAUGGAGUUGUAUAGAAACAUACAGUUAG